AUGGAGCAAAAUCAACAAAGCGAAUCAUUUCGUCCGAACAUCGAUCACUUGGUAGAGAAUAAUCCUUUUUUUGGGUACGUUACAUCUUUUGAAAGAGCUCUAGAAAUCGUCAAAGAGUACGAAAUAAAAACAACAACAAGAUUUACCGUGUAUACGCGCAGUAACAACUUCGGAAAUGCAGGAUUUUUCAAAUACAUCCAUGAAUUUGUUGUUUCCGCAGAUUUCGAAGAUGGGACAUCGCGUCGCGUACUUUGGCAGUCUAAAAGUAAUUCAGAAGCAGCUACUAUACCCUUUGAUGGUACGCCGUAUUUUUUGGUUGGUAAUUACAUCUUGGAGUGUCAGCAUGGUGUGGACAGAAAUCUGUAUCAAAAGAAUAAGCAUGCAGCAAAAUUUAAAGAUGGAGAUUUUGUAAUGAAAAAGAGGAGAUUUUGGAAACACGAUACCAAAAAAUUGGACUGCGCUGCAGUUAUUUACAUGAAAGAAGUGGUAAAAUUUCCUGACUUCAAGGUUUCCGUUGAUGCCAAAAAGAAAAAGAGAGACUCGACGUCAAACGCUCUACGAAACGAACUCCAGAACGGACGCCCAACAAUGGAACACAGGAUUUAUAUUUCUUUUCCAAAACCAGAAAAUCACACCACACAUAAAAUUGGGCAGCAUGCAGGUAUGGUACAACGAAUUGAUGGAGAGAUAAUUGAGAAGAUCGGUAAACUCGUGGGUGAAGGGGUACGGAAUGUGGACGAGAUGCGACGACAUCUGAAAAUUUACGUUAAGGAUGAAAUGUUUCGUGGUAAACAACAACCAGAACGAAACAACCGUAGAUAUUUCCCGACAGGAAAGACGAUUAAGAAUCAUAUGUACAGCGCAACAAUGAAAUCAAGACUCUCCGUCAUCGACCAAGAGAAUGUACAAGAAAUUGUUGAAAUGUGGAAGAAUGAGCCAUCUCGAGCGACUGACAAAUUUUUCUUUCGCCCAUACAAAGAAGGUAGCGGGGAAGAAUCUACGAACGAAGAAGACGGUCAUGAUAGCGACAACGGUGAAGAUGAAGGUGAAGAUGAGGUCAUAACAAAGGCGAAAAGGCAAGAUGGGCGACUGCUUUUUGUCCAUCAAACAGCAUGGCAAUCUAGGUUGCUUGCUAGAUAUGGAGAAGACUUGGCCUUUCUCGAUGCAACAUACAAGACCACCAAAUACUCUCUGCCUCUGUUCUUCGUUGCCGUCAAAACUAAUGUCGAUUACGCCAUCGUCGCUUCGUUUAUCGUGCAAGAUGAGACAACUGAAAGUAUCUCAGAGGCUCUUUCAAUUCUUCAUCAAUGGAAUCCUCAAUGGCAACCAAGACACUUCAUGACGGAUCUGUGCGAAGAGGAGAUAAAUUCCAUAGAGACCAUUUUUCCAGAUUGCCAGGUAUUGUUAUGCGAUUUUCACCGGGAACAAGCGUGGGAGCGUUGGACGGCAAAGAAAGGCAAUGGAGUGAGCGACUCUCGAGAAACACUACUGACCCUAAUGCGACAGAUAGCUCGGUCAAAGACAGAGGAAAGCUUUGAAGAUUCUCUACGAAAUCUACAACUAACUGCCGAUUGGAAAGGCAACGAAAAACUUAGGCGAUGGUUUGAGAUUACUUGGUUAAAACAUAAAAAGAAAUGGGUGUGGGCGUACCGAAAGGAACGGACGCUGGUAUACGUCAGUACAAACAAUGGCUUGGAAAGGCAAAAUGGUGCUUUUAAACACAAAUACCUGCAAAAGUUACGGAAACAUUCACUAAGUGUUAUGUUGAAAAUUUUAAUUGAUGAAUUCCUUCCAGAUAAAUAUGAGAGUUACAUUGCCAAUAAUGCAGAAUGUUCGACAGAUUGUAAACGCUAUAACAAACAACUACCACAGUAUUUACACAAUCGACCAAACUAUUUUGUGGAACACUGCAUGAAACGCCUUAUCUAUGCUGAUGAAGCUACGAUGCACACAAUAAAUCAAGACACGGGUAUAUUUUCAGUAAGAAGUGAGACCCAAAAUCAAUAUUACGAAGUUCACUUUUGUUCUCCAAAUGAUGAAAAUGUGCCACGUUGUGACUGUGUGGAUUGGCAGAGACACUACUUACCAUGCAAGCACAUGUUAUCAGUUAUAGAGGCGAAUAAUGGAUGGGGAUGGUAUGAUCUACCAGUUGGUUACAGAGAGUCCCCUUACCUAACCAUUGACAAUGAGAUUAUAUUCAAGAAAAUUGAUCAUCAUCAAAACGAAAAUAAAGAUACCUGUGAGAGUCAAAUGCUUCACACAACAAAUAAUGAUAAGAUGGAAGAAAACAAUGUUGCCCAGCAAAAAGCACAAAGUUUCAUAAAAGACGUACCAAAGUCGACAUAUCCUAAGAGAACAUCUGUAACAAGAUGCUGUGACCUCGUUGCUAGGAUAAAAAGUUUAGUGCAUGAAUGUAUCAACGCAGCGGCAUUGGACGAACUAGAGAAAGACCUUGAGCACUCGCUUAGGAAAUUUGAACCCAACAUUAGCGGUAGAACCACCACAGGAAUAACACUUGCUGCCCCUGAUAGACCGAGUGCCCCAAAACGUAAAAGAAAGACUCAUGAACAGAAGGAAACGCUCUCUACAUCACCACGGAGAAAGAAAGCGAAAAAAUCUAUACUCCCACCUGGAAAGCCAAAGAAAGUGCAUCCUUUCAGUAGGAGAACUGGGCAGCGUGCGCAGAUGAUGAGGAAAUAUUAUAAAACCAGCAUGUCCCUAGAUGAAAUGAGGAAGAAAGAAACAAAUCAAGUAGAAGAUACUUUACAAGACAGAAUACAACCAAACUCAAGGUAUAUUAAUUUCACCCCAACUAUUCGAAAUGGAAUGCCAUUAACAACAACAAUGCUAAAAAAUGGUCCUCAUUGUUUAUCACUCUUGCAAAUAAAAUCGUUGGAACCAUUUCUUCCAAGAGGAACUGAAAUGCUUUUAAAAAGCGUUAAUCAACAAUUUAUUGUUGGCUGGCUAUUUGACGAAGUGCUGAAUUCGUACUUCUGGUUCUUACAAGAAAAUUAUAAAAAUGUGCUUUACGCACCGUCAACAUCAAUGCUCGCACUGCAGAAGGGUCUACCAUGCAAUCGACUAUGGAAAGGAGAAGAUAUCACCACAAAGGAUUUUAUUCUGGCGCCAUGGAAUCCAACGGAUAAUCACUGGACGCUUGUGGCUAUUGAUUUACGCCGUAAGCAGAUUAUGUAUUUGGAUCCAAUGAUAAACGUUGAUAUCCACCAUAAUGUCUUUGCCCAGAUGCUUUCAAGAUUCAUGCCGCAAAUGCUUGAAAGACAGUUUCAUUUGUCAGGCUUUGAAAUUGGAUCUUUGCCACACACCUUACAAACAGAUUCCAUGAGCUGUGGAGUAUAUGUUUGCUGGUAUGCAAUGCAACUUGUAAAUGGGAAAGCAUUGACUGAUUGGUGCAACACUAAUGUAAUGCGAAUAACUAUUUACAAACAAAUUCGUGGUACAUGUCUCCAAAGACGUUCUGGGUGUCGACAUCUCGAGACAGCAAAGUGCCCGCUAUGUCGAAUUGAAGUUCAGAUUGGUGACAACAAUAUGAAAUGCAGAAGAUGUUGCCAGAGCUUUCAUAUCAGAUGUUUAAAUGAGAGAUUGUUAAUUACUGGACAACAAAAAGAAUGUACCUUCUUCUGCCCUCCUGUACAUACAUGUCCACUAAAGUGA